CUCUCGUUAGACGUAGCGCUGGGGGUUGGUUGUAAUACCGAGAUCACAUCCAUCCAGACGAGAGACAGACGCGAAGACCGAAGACGGACCGAGCUUGUUGUUUUGGGGAGACAUUUCGUUGACGGUGGCAAACAUGAAGCCGGAGAGAGAUGCUACGGACGAGUACUUCGAGUACGACGCCGAAGAGUUCCUGGUGUCCCUGACCCUGCUGAUCACAGAGGGCCGCACUCCGGAAUGUUCCGUGAAGGGUCGCACCGAGGGGCUCCACUGCCCCCCAACGCAGCUGACUCAGCCCGCACACACCCGGCACGAGUGCAGCGACAAGAUACCGCAGUGCCGGCAAGCCAGGAGAACCCGCUCAGAGGUGAUGCUUCUCUGGAGGAAUAACAUUCCUGUGAUGAUCGAGGUGAUGCUGCUCCCAGAUUGUUGCUAUAGCGAUGAAGGGCCCACAACAGAUGGGAACGACCUCAAUGACCCUGCCAUCAAGCAAGAUGCGUUGCUGCUAGAGAGGUGGACCAUGCAACCAGUACCCAGACAGAGUGGAGACCGUUUCAUCGAGGAGAAGACCUUGCUGUUGGCAGUGCGCUCCUACGUGUUCUUCUCGCAGCUCAGCGCCUGGCUGAGUGCGUCGCACGGGAUCGUUCCCAGGAACAUCCUGUACAGGAUCAGCGCUGCGGACGAGGAGCUGGUGUGGCAGUUCUCCCAGCCCCCGGCCGAGCACGCCUUUCCGGUUCCCAACAUCUCUCACAGUGUGGCCUUGAAAGUGCGCGUCCAGUCUCUCCCUAGGCAGCCCAAUUACCCGGUGUUGAAGUGCAGCAUUCACACCAGCUUGACGUUCUACGAGAAGCGGGGCCGUGACUGGGACGCCAGAGAAGUCAGCCAGCACCGAGGGCAGAGCUCCUCACCGUUCCUCCGACCUUCCCACUCCCCUGUACGGCCCGGCGGUGGCAGCUCAAGGAUAAGCCAGCGCCCCGAAGUGCUACCUCCCGACAAAGCAGCCAAGUUGCUGUACCCUAGACUAACCAGCAGCCCCGAUGACAGACCUUUAGAAGGUUACGGGACGUCGAUCAAUGGUGCUGAAAGCUCCAAGGGACUAGCCCCAGAGGUGCCUGUCAGAGCUUUCAAAUCGCUCUCCUUGGUGGAGCCCAUGAUGACAGCCAGCCCAGUCCCCAGGCCUCCGUUAGGGGAGACCAACCCACUGAUCGGUAGCCUACUUCAGGAGAGACAGGAGGUCAUCGCUCGCAUCGCCCAGCAUUUAAAUUACUGUGCCCCCUCCACCCCCCACAUCCCUGAUAGUUUGUUCACCGGCAUGGAGACGCAAGUCCCCAAAUCCCUUUGGUGCCCUGCUGAAGGGGACGCCCAUGUCAGAAAGGUUAAGGAGAACACAGGCCCAAGCUAUGUCAAUGGCUCCUUACCAGAACAGACACCUAAUGGGAUGGGCAGGUCUUCUGCCUCCGAAACCCCUCUGCGUUUAUGCAAUAAACCGAAAGCCAACAGCGAGUCAAGGCCUUCCCCGAAACUUAGCACCUGCAGAAAGCUGCUUCUGCCUGACCCAGCUGAGAACCCCAGGAUAUCAGAUGUAGUGCAGGACAUUUCCAGACUGAUCCAGGAAACCAUUCAGCAAUCCCAUGGCAGAUGCAACAAGCUCCUGCUUGGCACACACAUGGGUUGUAAGGAAGGCACACCGAAUACAACCCAUCGCGUGAGAGAUGCUUGUAGUGCAAGCAGUCGUCACAAAGACCAAGCGCCAGGUCUAGAUGUCUCUCCAGAUCUCCUCAGUGCCAAUGGUGUUGACUCAAACAUUUGCACGGGCUCGAGAAGUGGCAGCGUAAAAGUCACUAACAAUGUGUGUCAGGAAAAUUCCCACAAACCUCAUAGUGUGGCUAGUGUAAAACUUGACGCCGCAGUGAAACAAGAACUGAACGCUUCAGGUAGUUUACAUAAUGAUAAAAGGGGCAAGUCGGUCCCGUCUAAUAGCCAGCAAAGAGCUCUGCACUCUGAAGACACUCAUGAGCAGAACUUAAAAAUGGCAGAAAACAUCUCAUCAAAGGGCACCGCCCACCCCAAGGACCCAAAGCAGAAGGUGCAUGCACAGGAUGAGAACAAGGACCCAUCUGCUCCCACCCUUCUCACCAGCCUCCCCCAGCGAAGGCCAAGCCCGGAGAGGAAGGCCAACAACAGGACACCCAACGGGGAUGUUUUGAAAAUAAAUGCCCCAUCUGCCUUGAAGCCAUGCAAUAUGUGGAAAAAGCAGAAUCGCCACUCUAUAGAUGGGACGGCGACAAAAGCUUUCCAUCCCUGUACUGGACUACCUCUACUUUCCAGCCCUGUCCCUCAAAGACGAACACAAACUGGGUGCUUUGAUUUAGACACAUCUCUGAUUCGAUGCGAUGGUCUUCCAUGGGCUUCUAAUAGAAGAAUGUGCCUGAAACGAGAGACUGAGCGGGGCGACGCGGACCAGCAUCAGUUGAGCGCCAGUGCCCCCCCCGCCAGCCUCAGCCUGCUGGGAAACUUUGAGGAGUGUGUGUUGAACUAUCGUCUGGAGCCCUUGGGGACUGUCGAAGGCUUCACGGCCGAAGUGGGGGCCAGUGGAACUUUCUGCCCCAGUCACCUGACCUUGCCAGUGGACGUGUCCUUCUACAGUGUCUCCGAUGACAAUGCACCUUCCCCCUACAUGGGUGUUAUAAAUUUGGAGUCUCUCGGUAAAAGGGGUUAUCGAGUACCUCCUUCAGGAACCAUUCAAGUGACCUUAUUCAAUCCAAACAAGACGGUGGUGAAGAUGUUUGUGGUGAUCUAUGACCUGAGAGAGAUGCCAGCCAACCACCAGACAUUCCUGAGACAGAGAACUUUCUCUGUCCCUGUAAAGCGGGAAGCCAAUGGAUAUGUGAGCAAAAAGCCCCUCCCACUGAGCCAGGACAGGACCCUGCGCUACCUCAUUCAUCUGAGGUUCCAGAGCUCAAAAUCUGGAAAGAUCUACCUCCACAGAGAUAUCAGGCUUCUGUUUUCUCGAAAAUCCAUGGAAGUGGACAGUGGUGCUGCGUAUGAGCUCAAGUCGUUCACAGAGUCUCCUGCAGACCCACCUUUCUCUCCGAGAUGCUAGUCUUUAGUCUAGGGGCCAAAAUCAAGAUGUUGACUUGUCUACUUAAAAAAAAGAAAAAAAAAAAAAAAAAAGGCAAAUUGUGAUUUGUAUUGUUUCCUGGAAACAUCACCUAACUUUUAAAAGGCAGGCAAUGCUUGAGAAAGUUAGAAAUAUUAUAUUUUUACUGAGUUUAUGAACGGAAUUUUGCUUUACCUCUUGGUGGAUUUCUUUCCAAGUUUUCAGCGCUGGAUUAAUCACAUCAGAAGCAUCCAACCAAGGACUGUUUUGAGGGGGAGGAAAAAAAAAAAAAAAAAAAAA